AGACGCUGCUCCGCUAACAAUGGAAACCCCAAAAGGAAAGAUACUGCCAAAGAUUGGUAGGUACUAAAGGUCCCCGAUAACUCCAAAACAUUGUUCUUCAAUUCUUUGAUCUUUCUUGGGAGUUCGGAUUUACCAAAGGUGCCCGAUAAUCCUCGAUUUCUAGUGUUUUACUUAAACCCUGACAAUUAUCGCCCUGACUUCCACUUCUUCAAUCGGAUUCACAAUUAUCUGGGUUGUAGUUUGAUUAGAAUUGUAGCAAUCAUUUGAUUAAUUGAAUUUUAUGUGAUUGAUCGGUACUAUCAGUUGAUUUUUGAAUUGGUUCUUUUCAAAUUUUCCGACGAUCGCCGAAUUUUGAUUAAUCGAAGUUCUUUGUGAUUGAUCGCUUAUUUUGAGUUCAAGUAUGGCGGGUGUAGAAGAUAGUGAUGCCAUGUUGAGUGAUGUGGAAGAAGAGGAAGACCUUCCGGCGCCGAUUGUUAUUGGAACUUCACCGUCGACUGAAAAUGUGUCGGUUGAGAGAUUUCGAGAGGUGGUGGCGGAGCUCGAUCGUGAACGACAAGCUCGUGAAUUAGUGGAGAAAUCGAAAUCGGAUUUGCAAGUUUCGUUUAAUCGAUUGAAAGUUCUGGCACACGAAGCGAUCAAAAAGCGAGACGAGACGUCGCGCCAGAGAGAUGAACAUCUUAGAUCAAACGAGAAAUUAUCUUCGGAGUUGGCUGAAGCUGUUAAGGAAAAAGAAGAGUUAUCGACGCAGUUGGCUGAAUUCGUUAAGGAAAAAGACGAGUUGUUGAAGCAGAAAGGUGAUUUCGCGAAGCAAUUAGAGGAAUCAGUGAAGGCCAAGGAUUCAUCUAGGUCUGAGAUUCAGACAGCUGCCCAGAUGUUAGUAACCGGAAUCGAUAAAAUAUCAGGUAAAGUGAAUAACUUCAAAAACUUCACGUCCGGAGGAUUACCUAGGUCGCAAAAGUACACUGGUUUACCAGCUGUUGCUUAUGGAGUGAUCGUGAGAACUAAUGAGAUCGUUGAUGAGCUUGUUAGUCAGAUAGAUUUAACAACCAAGUCAAGGAAUCAGGCUAGAGAGCAAAUGGAACAGAGGAAUUACGAGAUCGCCAUUGAAGUAUCAGAGCUUGAAGCUUCAAUCAGUAGGCUCAGAGAGGACGUGUCAAAGAGAGAUUCCGUUCUUGAAGGUUUAAAGAAAUCAAUGGAGGAGAAAGACGAGAUUCUAUCAGAAUUGGAAAACGAGUUGAAUGAGAAGCAAGAUUUAUCAAGUGAAUAUGGUAAUAAGUUGAGGGUUUUGGAAUCACGUAUGGAUUCACAAAGGCCAUUACUUGUUGAUCAAUUGAAUCACGUUUCAAAGAUACAUGACCAGAUAUGCAGUGUCAUCAAGAUAAUCAAUGGUAACAACAAAGAACAAUCAGAUUUAUCAGAUUCCUUGUUUCUUCCACAAGAAACAGACAUAGAGGAGAAUAUACGAGCCUCUUUAGCUGGAAUGGAGUCCAUAAGUGAAUUAAGUUCACUUCUUUUGGAAAAAACAAAGGAUUUGGUAAUGGAAAGAACCCGAGAAGUGAAAACUCUAAACGAAAAAGUCACUCAGUUAUCAAAGGAGAAAGAGCAUAUCGGGUCCUUACUAAAGAGUGCUUUAUCAAGAAGAAUGUCAUCCGAUCUUUCUUCAAAAACCAAUGAGCUGUUUAAAGUAGCAGAAAACGGAUUAAAAGAAUCCGGAAUUAAUUACAAGUUCAAUGAAACUCUUACAGAGGAUGAUGAAAUAUAUAAUUUGGCUGGUGCUCUUGAGAACAUCAUAAAACAAUCUCAGCUUGAGAUAAUCGAACUCCAGCAUACGGUUGAUGAACUAAGGGCAGAGUCGAGUUUACUUAAGGAACAUGUUGAAGCUCAAAGGAAGGAGCUUUUGCAAAGGAAACAAGAGGUGGAAGAACUUGAAGAAAAGGAGAGAAUAGCAAAUGAAAAUGUUGAAGGGCUUAUGAUGGAUAUUGCUGCAGCUGAAGAGGAGAUUGCUAGAUGGAAAGUAGCAGCACAACAGGAAGCUGCAGCAGGGAAAGGUGUUGAACAUGAGUAUGUAUCACAGUUAUCUAGAAUACGUAAAGAAUUAGAAGAAGCAAAGCAAGUUGUGAUGGAAUCAGAGAAGAAGAUAAAAAUGAAAGAGGAAACAGCAGGUGCUGCAAUGGCAGCAAGAGAUGCAGCUGAGACAUCAUUAAAAUUAGCAGACACACGGGCUAUUCGUUUGAGGGAGAGAAUUGAAGAGUUGACUAGUCAACUUGAACAACUUGAUACACGAAAAAAUUCCACCAAUAAAAAUAGUAGGCCAAGAUACGUAUGCUGGCCUUGGGAAUGGCUCGGGUUGGACCCUGUGGGAGUGGGACCCACCCGCCAGCCGGACACGCCUCAGAAUGGUGCAAAUGAAAUGGAGCUUUCUGAACCUCUUCUCUGAGGGCAUUUUUGUCCUUUUGGUCAGUUUUUCUUUUUCUCUAUACACUCGAAAUGAAUAGAUUUUAUGAAUUUUUUUAGUUUACUGUACAGAAGAUAUGAAUUUGGACAAUUUAUAUGAUUGUUGGUGAUUUUUUUUUUCCUUUUGUAAAUGAAUUUGAAAAGAAUUUAUUGUGGGG